UCUUGAAAUGUUCUCGUAGUACUUUUGGAGUGACCUCUCUUUACUCGACUCCCUAUAGAAAAUAGGAAACGUGAACGUAGCUGUUUCAACGCUAAAAAGUCAAACCCUUUGAUUGGCGUACUUAGAGUAAACGGAGUGAGAACCGAACCGAGCUAAAUAGAGUGACGAAGUAGAGAGUAGAGUAGAAACUUAGAACGGUCUUGAAACCAAAAGUUAUAUCAAAAGAGAAGCAGUUCAAGGAAUUUCUUUCUUUCGCUAUUUUCAUUCAAAUUCAGUAUUUUUCAUCCUUCCCUCCUCAGUAAUCCCUUCCGGACGGUCUACCGAAUUGUUGACCUUGCUUUGCAUACUUGCCACAAAUUUAACCUAAUUUUUAAUUUUUCUACUUGGGUAUAAAUUUAAAUUGUUCUAAACUGGAAAAAUUAACUAUUGCAAAUUAAAAAUAAUAAAUUAAAUUGUUGCACUCGACAGCUUGCCUUGUGGUUUUCCCAGGGCUAAAUUGGUUAUGUUAUAUAUGGCAAAACAAAAAUUCUAGUGAAUUAUCAUCUUGACUCAUCGAAACCUCUACAACUAAAAAACCGCAAUUAAGCAAUGUGAUAAUAAAAUACCAUACCACAGUUUAUUCACGCUAGCACACCUCGCUGGCCGAAGGAAGUGGCUUUGAUUAUCUUUUACAGAUAAGAGAAAAUGUGAGGAACAGCAUAGUUUUUUUCAAGAGAAAUAUGGCCAAUUCAAAUUACAGCAAAGUUGACGAAUAUGGUUUUGAAAGGGGCGAAAAUUUCGAUUACAAGACAUACGACCUGUUUAUGUCACAGUACAUGAGAACCCUAACAAGAAGAGCACAAAGAUGGGACAGCACGUUCAGAACGCGCGAUUUCGGAAAAGGCUCCACCCUAAAACGAUUCGUCCGUAAAGGAAUACCAGCAGAUUUUCGAGCCGCCUGUUGGAUGUCCAUAUCUGGAGCUGAUCGAUUGAAAUCCGGCACUGCCAUGACGUAUCAGCAAAUGAGAAAGGCAAACAUCAACUCGCAAAUUAUCGAGACAAUUAAAAUCGAUUUGCCUCGCACGUUUCCUGAUAAUAUUUUCUUCCUGAACGAAGAAAGCCUUCCUAGCAUGUUGUAUAAUGUUUUGGCAACGUUUGCGCAUCAGAAUUCUGAAGUUGGGUAUUGUCAAGGAUUAAAUUAUAUUGCAGGUUUAAUUCUGCUAGCAACCAAAGACGAAUCGACAACAUUUUGGUUACUAAAAACAUUAGUAGAACAAAUAUUACCAAAAUAUUACAUCAGAACCAUGUCUGGGCUAUUGACCGAUUUAGAAGUAUUAAAUGAACUAGUCAAAAAAAGCGAACCCAUAGUCCAUAGGCACAUAUUAAAUGUUGGUAUGCCUUGGGCGAUGGGCACAACAAAAUGGUUUAUUUGCAUUUAUGCUGAUGUCCUACCGACUGAAACCGUCCUCAGAAUAUGGGACUGUUUAUUCCUUGAAGGUUCCAAAAUAUUAUUUCGUGUAGCUUUGGCCCUAAUCAAAUUGCACAAAGAGGAUAUUUUGCAAACCAGCGACUUGAGCGAGCUUAUGACUGUUUUUAAAAAUAUGAAAAAUCAUCCUAGGGUUAUCAACUGUCACGAAUUUAUGCGAGAUAUUUUUACACUUUCCGGUAGUCUCUCCAACAGGACUAUCCAAAAAUUAAGAAUAAAACACGGCAAAGAAUAAACUCAGGAACAAAAUUGAAUAUUUUAUAUUCUACACUCUAGUCAGUUCAAUAUACACACUUUACACACAUCUAUUAUUUAUAUUUUUUGUACAUUUGCUAAAUAUAAUUUAUACAAUUCUGAUUUACCGAGAGUGUUUUUCCAGGAAAUCUUUGGCCUCAUUGAUUUUAGAUGCCAAAUAGGGUGAACCGCCUCUGUCUGGAUGGUUAACGGACAUUACUUUUUUGAAGGCGUCCUUUACUUUUGUUUUGUUUGCAGAUGGGCUGACUCCUGGAACAAUAAUUGAAAAAAUG